AAAUCUCUCUCGUGUGGUCUCCCUUGCUUGAGGUAAGUCCUGAAUCAGAACGAUGUUGAACCUGUCAGUCAUUCUCCUGGCGGCCAACCAUCAUCCAGUCCCGGUAGUGGGGCAGAUGAUCGUCCCGGCAGUGAACCGUUGAUGACCCCUCUAUCAUACCAUCGUGCUUUCCAUUCCUCGAAGCUCGUCCGCUGUGGCAUGCCAUUGGAAGCUAAUGGGUGCGAUUUGUCCAUUUUGACAGAGUCCCAGCUCAUCGUCGACCGCUGUUCCUUCCCGGGGUUUCGCCUGCGUUUGCAUGGGUAUCUAAAUCGUACUAGAACUGGAAGGGCUAUCCUACGUAAUAUUUGCCAAUCCACCCGGGUCGACGUCAUCAGUACAUCGAAGCGCCCUUUCCAUUCCAUCCGAGCUUCUGGUCCCUUUCAUCUCUCUCCGGACGGCAUACUCCAACAUCAUCUCGUGACCGAUCUGGAUUUGUUCACUUCAUCUCGGUUAUGACGAUGUCCGAAGCGCAAGCGAGCUUUACCGAUGCGCGACGGCCGUCGCAGUCUGAGGACCAGACUAUCUCCAAUGCGGAGAUCCCGUUGAAGGAGCGGUUUUUCCGUUACUUUCAGCAUGAAAUUACCGGUGUGUUUCUGCACCAGGCCAUUUGUCUUAUUUCUUCUGACAUCGCUGCUUGUGACAGCACUUCAGGAACAGAUGGACCGACUCGCUGAUACGUCCCUGGUGGGCGGCGAGCGGACCGACGCGACUGAUCACUGCUUAGCG